GAGCAGGACACCAAACGCGGAGGCUGACAUAUCCUGUGGCCAGGAACUUGGGCAUCAGGAACCCAGGCUAUAGAAGCUAUAGCCUUACUAACUUUUCCCGGCCAAGGUGUGCGUGUGUGUGUGUGUGCGCGAGUGUGGGUAUCCUGCCUGUUGUUGCGCUGCUUGUGUGUGCGUGAGUGUGCGUAGCCGUGUUGUUGGCCAAACAAAAGCCAAAAUAAGUGACGAAUAAAUUUUAAGCCGCGCGCCUAACACACGCUACCUGAAAAUAUACAUUUUCUUCUCUUAUAAAAAUUAUAACACUUACUUUAAAAGAAACGUAUUUCGAGGGGCAGAGCUCCAAGCACGCAGCCCGAUUUCAAAUCGAAAGCCAAAAAACCGAAUGCACAUCGACGGCGCCCAACAAAUCGAGCAGCAUGAUGUCGACUCCACGACGACGCUGAUGAUGAUUUAGAUGGCAAAGGAUCUGGAACUGUAGGUGUGUAGCCCUAGUCGAAUUCCCAAAUCCGAGAGGCUGUGGAUGAAGCUGAAGGCGGUGGCAGCAGAACGGAAAUGAAAUCAAAUCGCACAGGAGCAGCUGCAGCCGGCGGCAAUAAUAACGCUUGUGAAUUAUGGCCAAAGUUAAUUAAAAGCCAAGAACGAAACUAGAGCCGCACAUAAAUCAAUCGAAUAGAGACCAGAGCUGGAGCUGGAGCAACAUGUAGAAUGCUGGUAUGCCAAUAUCCCCAUGUCAAUGCCUAUUUACAUGGCCAGUGAAAAAUGGCCAUCAGUGGAACGAACAAACAAUAUGGCCAAGAGGAACGAAAACAAUCCAAAUCGAAAUCGAAAUGACUUAAAGCGGCUUACUGGCGACCAGAACAAAGCAAACAUAACGUAUACGCAACGUCCAACACGGCGGAUGCAUGAUUAAUUGCACUUUAAAUACAAACAGAAAACGAACGAAUAACCGAUUCUCAGCCAAGGAAAUAAGCAACAAAAAACGCGUCAAAAUGUUGCCCACCAAUGUGAUGUCAUUCAUGAAGAAGAUGGUGGCCACCGAUGAGCAGACCAGCGAGCGGCAGCAGCAUGCAGCGGAUUCGGGUGGCGGGGCCUCCCAAACGGGGGCCCUGAACAAGAUGAAGGCUACGAUUUCCUCCUCGCUGCUCACCGUCACAGACAAAGUUAAUAAAAUGUCGCCACGCCCCUCUUUGGUGCCGACGGAUGCGGAUACAAGCGGCAGUUACGGCUCGCCCAGCUAUCAAAGCCAGCAGCAGCAGGACUCCGGUAGCAGUCUGAACAACAACAAUAAUAACAGCAGCGGUGGCGGCACGUCGACUGGUGGAGGCGGGGCAGCGGCCAAGCAGGAGCCAGGACGAAGGGCCGGUGCCUGCAGGGUGUGCCUGAAGUCCUUCAAGCCGGACGACUACCACAAGACGUGCUUCGAGUGCCAGCAGCGAGUGUGCGAGGACUGCGCCAGCUACAGCAAGCUGGACGAGCACGAGGAUGCGACCAUGUGGCGCUGCAGCGUGUGCCGCCGGAAAAUGGCCUCCCGGGUCUGUAUUCCGCAGGACUCCACGGACUCGAUGCUGGACGUCCCGGUGCUGGAGGCACUACAGCGGCGGCACUCGGACGCCAAGUUGGGCAGCAGCACGCAAACGCUGGCGCCCAGUAAUGGUGCCGCCCUCGCCCCGCCGAGAAGUCCCGAGCUGCGACGCCACUCGGAUGUUUCGCCAGCCUCGCUCAAGGAGUUGGAACGGCAACUGAAAGGUGGCCGCAGCAUGGCGCCCAGUCGCUCCAACAGUCCGCCGAGGGGCGAUGGCCCGGAUGGACAGCCUCCCUUCGGUGCUCCCCUAUCACGGAUGCAGUCGCGAAGGGGAUCGCGGGUUGCCCGGCAGCACAGUUACGAUGACGACAUGAAGACCGGGCCCGUAAGCGGCAGCAUGGGCGGCGGUGGGCCGGCGCUGGGCCUGGGGGCAGAUGGUGCGGGCCUCGGCAUUCCAUCUAUGCCACGCAGGAAGUCCGCCUAUGAUGUGUUUGCCCCCGGGUUGACGCAGGGUGGCGCCACGCCUGCCACACAGCUGCAGAGGUCGCCUGGCGAGGGUGGAAUCAUGCCUCCCAUUCAGCUGCCCGGAUCCAGGAGACCCUCGUUCCGGGUGCCACAUCCCUCGGAGGAUAUCCAGAACGAUGACUCGCCGGGUUCACCAGAUAAGGGAAGCCCCGUCCUGACCGUCGACGAUGACCGACGGAUGCGGCGACGCGGCUCGCAGCUGCCCGACAUAGCGAUGCUUCAGAAUCGCGGUGCUCUGCCGGCUGUGCCGCCUUCCUCGAUUCCGCCGCCCAUGGCCUCGUUCACGGGCCCCAAUCUGGAGGAUUUGGAGGCGCCGCGACGGCAGACAUCAAUGGACGGCGAGGCCAUAAGGAUCGUAAUACACGACGUGGAUUCGGGCCCGAUUUGUGCAUCUAAGCGGCGCAUCAUUCUGCGCCGAGAUCCCACGGACAAGGCGCACCGCACACGUGGCUUUGGGAUGCGCGUCGUCGGCGGAAAAACAGGAGCCGAUGGCCGGCUGUUUGCCUACAUUGUGUGGACCGUUCCAGGAGGAGCGGCCGAGAAGAAUGGCCUGCAGCAGGGCGACAAGAUCCUAGAGUGGAACGGAAUGUCCCUGAUUGACCGAAGUUUCGAGGAGGUAUGCUCCAUCAUGGACCGAACCGGUGACAUUGUGGAGCUUCUAGUGGAGCACGCCACGGACUUCCGAAUGUGUGAUCUUUUCGACGAGAAUUUGCCGCCUGGAAACGCUGGCGGGCAGAGCGGACCUCGGCGAUCGGGAGACGGUCCCGUUGGCCUGGGCCUCAUAGCGGAACCCGAAACCACAACAGACAAAUCACCAGCAUCGCCAACUAGACGGAAAUUACCAAAAACUCCGGAGCAAAUUGCCCGCGAGAAGCUGGUCACCGGGCGGGUCCAGAUCCAGGUUUGGUACCACGCCGAGCGCAACGAGCUGGUCGUCUCCCUGAUGGCCGGCGAUGAUCUGGCAUUGCGGGAUGAGGCCUACGGACACGGUAAUCUCCCCGAGGCAUACGCCAAGGUUCGCAUUCUGCCCAAAUGUGGCGAUGGAUGCGUGCAGCAAACGGAGGUCAGCCGACCCACGCAGAAUCCCAUUUGGAACGCCACCUUGACCUUCGGCCAUGUCAAGGCCGACACCUUGAUGGAUCGCUACAUAGACAUCCAGCUGUGGGACCUCGUGCCCCACACUGAAUCCAUUUUCCUGGGCGAGUGCAGCAUUGAGCUGCAACAGGCCUUCCUCGACGACCAGGCCAUCUGGUGUCGCUUGGAGGACACCAAGGGGCUGCGUGGCAUUAGCAUCAGCAAAUCGCCGAGUGUCUCGCCCCGCGGUUCCAUUGCAGCCGGGGCAGGAGCUCCCAGUGGCGAUGUGACCCGGUUGCUGCGACGCGACUACAAUAUGCAUCGCUCCAACUCCGAUGACGUAGACUCCAUCGGAGAUGGAACAUCGCUGUUGCAUCCGGAUCACGCCUGGAUAGCUGGCUCACGACGCGGUUCCUCUCAGUCGGAAACCAUGGAAGUGGAGGUCUACCAGCUGGGCAAGGACUUCUCGCGCUCAUUGCCGGGUUCGCGUCGAUCGAGCUUCCAGGAUGCUGAAAAGAAUCGGCUGGAGGAGGACGCCAUGGCCACGCCGCCCACGUCUUAUUUGGUGGGCCGGCGCCGUUCGUCCGUGGCUCGACGCGAUCCGGAUGAGAUCUUGAAAUCCUUGAAGGCUGUCCGCGGCGAGCUGGGGCGCACCAUGAGCCUGGGUACUGAGCAGCACAAGCGCAUGGGAUCGAGACGUGCCAGUCGCGUUGGAUUGCCGAGCGGACCGAAUAGCCGCAAGAGUUCCGUCUUGGACUUGUCGCAGCAGCAGCAGCAGCAAUUGCAGCAGCUCCAGCAGUUACAGUUGCAGCAGCAACAGUACUUGCAACAGCACUUGCCCAUGGGAGUAGGCAAUGCCGACACCAGUCCGCCAUCCGAGGACGAGGAUAAGCGCUACAGACCGCGCUGGAAGGGAUCAGGAAACCAGUUGCCACCACAGAGUCCCAAGCAGGUGCUUUCCCGGCUCAAACAGGCCGCCUCGGUGUCGAAUGUGGCCCAGGACUCGAGUCGGCAGAGUCAACUGCUGGCCACCAACCAAUUGCAGCAGCGCAAGAGCAGCAUGUUCCAGUUGGGGGAAUCCCAGGCUCCACCCACUACCACCACUACGCUGCAGAGGAAGGGCAGCAUGUAUGUGGCGAAGGUCACCGAAACCCCGCCCUUAGGCACGCCCACUCGCAAGGGUAGUGUCUAUCAGAGGAGCAGCAUCGGGCUGGGUGUAGAGAACCCUGGACCAGAUAGUCCGCAGCGGAAGCAGAGCGUGGUAAAGACCCUAAGUGGCAGCUAUGUCAACACGUCCACCAUCACGGGUGGGGAAUCUAGUUAUGGCCUCAAACUUGGACCCUCGCAGAUCCAUCCCAAGGGCUAUCGGCUGACCACGGCGAGGUACGGGGAGCUAAAGAUGGGAUUCCUCAAGAUCAAGGGCAAUGUGGAGGUGGAGCUAAUCUGCGCCCGUAACAUUGUCAACGAGGACUGCGAAACUCCGCCGGAUACGUACGUGAAGUGCUACAUCAAGGACGGAGACCGCCUGCGCCACAAGAAGAAGACGCGCGUCGUGCGCCAUGCGGCGGAGCCCCUCUACCGCCAAACCAUUAAGUACCAGAGCUCGGACGUCUUUGGACGGAACAUUGUCAUCAUGGUGUGGCAGCGGUGCGUGGGAUUCGAGCACAACCAAGGAUUGGGCGGCACGGAGGUGAACCUGGACAAGGUGAGCAUCGGACAGCCUAUCAACGGGUGGUAUCCGCUCUUCCCGAUGCACAGUUAUGGAGGCUCCGAUUCGGACAACUCUCCCUGACCGAACAACCCAGCAAUCGCAGUCCACAGGCAGUGCCGAAGUCCACUGGAAUCGGAAAUAAUGCCACUGCAAGCUCAAUUUGUUAGCGCCUAAGAUUUGGACACCACAUAUAAAUAUAUAAAUUGUUAACCCGAGAUAUGCAGAUAAUCCCCAUAGAAGUAUUACGUCCCCUGUAUGUAUUAGUUAUAGUUAAAUGAGCUUAGCACGGGCUGGCAGGUGGAAUCGGUUGGGUUAUGGGUUAUGAUACACUAAAUAAAAUACUAAUAUUCGUGGUGAGAGAGCUUUGUAAGUAAGGUACACAGGUAGGGCAGCACCUUAAGUGGGGAACACCAAUAUCAGACAGCACAAUAAUUGAGGAAUCGGAGUACCAGAAGCAUAGAUGUACACGCGUUUAUAUAUUUUUGCUUGUUGUGUUUGUGAAAAUUUAAUGUUGUUCGCAUUUGAAUGGACGUGGGACGUGAAGAAUGGAAACGAAACGGGCACCAAAACAAUAAUGUUGAAAUUUCAAGGCAACGAAGUGGGUGAGGACACCCACUCACCCCACGGAGAGGGAUUUAAAGCUCGGCAGCUGACAAGAGGCGUAUAUCCGAAUAAGUGUUAAUUAAAUGUUGCGCAGACAAAAACCAAAAACCAAAUAGGCUAGCCCCAACUAUCUGUAAAGCUGACAACCCCGCCAAGGUUUCAACUGCUCCACAAAAAUCUGACAACUGAAGAUCUACUUAUAUAAUCUUUGAUAAUUCCAAAACUCAAAACUUCGAACGAAAAGAAUCUAGUUUAAAUCGACAAUCUUUAUGGGUGUGUGUGCUAGUGUGGGGGUGGGAGAAGUGAGUGCGAUUAAAGAGUGAUUAAGACGAAUUUACUGUAGUCAUUUUAUGGUAGGGCAUCGAUUGCAACGCGGCAGAUUAAAGACAUCCCCCUCUUCCUGUUUUUCCCAUUUGACCCCGCUCUUCAAACUCUCCAGACAUUUCAGCCUCACAAACAGGACAAUCUCGUGUAAUGAAACAAAAAGUGAAAAAUUUACAUUUUCGGAAGCUGUGUAUAAAUCUAAUAUCUAAUCAGCGUUCAGCCUAACGACUUGGAGUUUCAAACUAAAGUUACAAACACAUAUAGAUUUAUUUAUACAAAGCUUACACCUUGAGUCGUUUUACGUAGCGUACUUAAGCUGCAAGGACAUUGUGGAACUUUUACUGUCCCUAACACUUUUAACGUUAGUUACGGUAGCUAAAAUGUCCUCAAGCUCAAACCAUUUCUUGGCGAAACUUAACGACUCUUUAACCGUAACAGCAACUAUAUGUAUAUCUGUAUACCUGUAUCUGUAUCUGUUUCAAGGGCAGUUGCGGGCUUUUCUUAUUGUUAGAUGUUGCUUUAAAAACCCAAAGAAGAAAAUACUUAGUACCAGAUAAUCCAUUGUUGUAUCUUGUAAGUACUUGUUAGUUGUCAAGGUAGUCAGGGUAAAAGUGGAACACACAAAGAUAUUCCUGUUUUUUUUCGGUUGGCUAAUUACUCUUCACAAUCUGGCUGUUGUUUUAUAUACCUAGUUGGGUAACGAAAACUAAAAUGGUUGUGCUAUCUCAAAAUUAAAACUACGUACUUACUAAUGUUCCGACAGUCGAUGGAGCUAUUUAAUCGGCAAAGUGAGCUGCUAUCAACUACUCUUAGGUAAUUUUGGUCUUUUCUACUAACUCUAAUACUACGACUACUAUUACUUAUUGAUUGUACUUAGCCAGAAGUUGGUAUCGAGUACUUUGAUGAAAGAAAACUGUAAAAAUAACACCAUAUCAGCGUGUAGCGUUGGGCUGGAAUCUGGGGAGGAUUGCGCUUCAAAAGUGCCGAGUGGGCUGUAGCAAGGCUUAUAAGAAUACAAAUCUACUACUUGUUAAAAAAUAACUUAGCAAUUACCUGCGUACACAAUGUAAAACAAUAUACACAGAUGUGAACUAUAUGAAUAUGAACGUACACAUUAUAUAUAUAUAUUAUUAUACCUAAAAUAACUGUAGAAAAACAAAAAGAGACCCACACUAUAUGUAUAUCAAAUUGAGUUUCAAUAAACAUCAAAUAUUUA